CCGGCAGUUUUAUUUGAGCACAAUGCCGAAUCGCCCGACGCGGAAGAAAGAUCCCCGCAUUCUACUCCAGAAUUUCCUGGCGUUAUGUCUAUGGCUUCCUCUCCUGGCUCAGUCCGCCGAUGGAAUGCGGUGCCGGUUUCCCUAUGAGAGGGUCAGGGAAAACUACUGCUACUUCAUUGCCGAUGAAGAGCCGCUGCACACAUCGUUCCACAACUUCUGCUACCAGGACAAGCGCACCUCGCGGGUUUGCCUGGAUAGUGAGGAGGAGAUGCGGGCUCUGGCCCAGCACUUGGUCGAGAUGGGCUACCCGAAUGGAACCCAGUUCUGGAGUGCAGGCCAUCGCUGGCCGGGGGACAACCGCUUCUAUUGGAACUACUUUGGAAGGGCUCGACCCCUGAACUACUCAAACUGGGCGGUGGACGAGCCAACACCCCAAAUGGGCCGAAACUGCCUGAUCCUCACGCUCCGAGGCGGACAACUCGUAAUGAGCAGUGAGUCCUGCUACACUCGAGCGGUCGACAUAUGCGAACAGACCCUCAACGGUACAGAUGCCCGCUCUGUCAUCCACUGAUGCCAAAGGUGUAUCCGUGUAUCUACCUCGUACCUAGCUGAAGCUAGCUAUGACAAAAGUCAAAUCUCGAGUUCCCUUUGUUCCUUCUAAAAUAAAAAAAAAGUAUACCCUAAA